AUGGAAUCCUUACCUUUGCCCUUCUACCCAGUGCUAGCUGCCGGUGUAGCGGCAUGUGUCGCAUACCUCUUCUACCUCGCCGUGCUUGAGCCGCAAUGGAACCCACUACGGAGGCUCCCCGGGCCCCCAGUCCGCAGUUUCUUUGGGAAUCAUAUGGGUCUUGUCCUUGACCCAUCCAGAUCACCCAGAGUCCAUGAAGCAUUUGUAAAGCAUUAUGGACGCAACCUGCGCAUUCGCGGUUUCCUGCCAUGGGACCAACGUCUAUUCACGCUCGACCCCGUCUCCCUUGCGCACAUACUCAAACACUCGACUACUUACGAGAAGCCAUGGCAAUCGCGCGCUCUCAUUUCGAGCCUCAUAGGGGUCGGCAUGCUCGCCGCCGAGGGCCACAUGCACAAGCGCCAGCGCCGGGUAUCAACGCCUGCGUUCUCAGUGCAGAACAUGCGCGCAUUAGUCCCUGUUACCUUCCAGAAAGGCGUCGAGCUGAGGGAUAGGUGGCUGGCGCUCAUUGCUGAAGUCCGGAGUGGGGCAGAAGCGGGGACACAGGGCGCGAGACUGGAUGUGUGCCACUGGGUCUCUCGUGCUACGUUUGAUGUUAUCGGACUCGCAGGCUUUGACUACGAAUUCAACGCUAUUCAUGACGAGUCGAAUGAGCUCUUCGCCGCAUACAAGGAGAUGUUUGAGAUUGCUGUCUCCCAGCAAGGAGGAGGUCUUUGGGAGCUGGCCAUCGUAUAUGCGCCAAUUCUGGAUAGAUUUGCUCCCGGUCCACGCUAUGCUGUUGUGAAGAAGUCUCAGGAGGUCAUCAAAAGAGUCGCUGGUCGUCUCAUUCAAGAGAAGAAGCGCAAGAUCGAGGAAGCCGAGAAAGCCGGAAGUAUCUACGGGGGCAAGGAUCUCCUAAGCGCCCUUCUACGCUCGAACGCUGCUGCUGAUCUCCCGCCGGAUCAGCGGAUCUCGGAUGAAGACAUUCUGCACAACAUCAACACGUUUAUGUUCGCCGGCUCUGACACGAGCUCGCUCUCCGUCACCUGGAUCCUCUACCUCCUCUCCGUCUACCCGGACGUGCAGACUCGACUCCGUGCCGAGCUUCUCUCUAUCGCCCCUACAGUCCCCCUCGAGUCCCUCACGCAAGACGAGAUUGCGUCGCUCUACACGAAGAUCGCCGAGCUUCCAUACCUCGAAAAUAUCAUUCGCGAGACGCUCAGGCUUAUCCCCCCGGUACACUCAUCUAUCCGUGUUGCGACGCAGGACGAUGUCGUCCCGACGUCGACUCUGGUGAAGCUCAGCACUCCCGAUGGGGGAUACGAGGAGGCGGACAGCUUCUUGAUGCCCAAGGGCAGCUGCGUGCACGUCCCGAUCGAGGCGUUCAACCUCGAUCGGGAGGUCUGGGGGCCUGACGGGUGGCAGUUCAAGCCCGAUCGGUGGGACAACCUGCCCGAGGCGGUGAAGGCGCAGCCAGGGUUGUACAACAACAUCCUUACGUUCUCCGCGGGUCCUAGGUCAUGCAUCGGGGUAAAGUUUUCGAUAAUCGAGAUCAAGAUGUUUAUGUUUAUUCUCGUCACGAACUUCAAAUUCGCGGAAUGCGACAAGGUCGGGAAGGCUAACGUUGUGCUGACACGCCCUUAUAUCAUGGGCAAGCAUCGGGAGGGCAGUCAAUGUCCUUUGCUUGUUAUCCCUUACACCCCAGAGACGCCCGCCUGA